UAUAAUGCGCAUAGACAGCCCGAGGAGUAGCAGCAGACUUCAAGUACUCAUCAGCCACUUAACUCCCAUGGCUUCUGAAAAAGAAGCUGCCCUUCUCGCCGUUCCCUCAGAUUCUCCCACCAUAUUCAACAAGAUUAUAAACAAGGAAAUAUCAGCCGACAUUGUUUACGAGGACGAUCAGGUUUUGGCAUUUAGGGACAUAAACCCCCAAGCUCCAGUGCACAUUCUUCUUAUUCCAAAGGUGAAGGAUGGGUUAACUGGGCUCUCUAAGGCAGAGGAGAGACAUUGUGAUAUUCUUGGUCGCCUUCUUUACACUGCGAAGCUUGUAGCUAAACAAGAAGGUCUCGAUGAAAAUGGGUUCAGGCUCGUGAUCAAUGACGGAAGAGAUGGAUGCCAAUCUGUUUACCAUAUUCACCUUCAUCUCCUUGGGGGAAGACAGAUGAACUGGCCACCUGGGUAGUUUGAGUUGAGAUUAAAUCUGGGAUUUAAGGACUGGCUCGGCAUAAUCAUAAUGAGGGAAGAAGGGUUGUCUGUUCUAUGAACUUGGUCCCAUUCCUACAAAUAAAAGACAUUGUGGCUAGUUACUGCUCUAUUUAUUUUAAUAUAUAUGAACGCUUAACUUUUUAUCUGAGGUUAUAACCAAACCAUCUGAUAUGUGACGGAAAGGAAUUCUAAAAUUGAGUCACUGACAAAGGAAACAUAUCAAAAUUGAAUUUAAUACACA